GAGGGGAUAAAAAAGAAUGGUUAUCUCGUGGUGCGGUUAAAGCAUUGCGUCUAUUAACAACCUCACAAAAAAUAUUGGAUUUACUUGAUAUGGCUAAGCAUAAAGGACUCGAAAUUCCAG